AUGAGUUGCUGGAUGCCUGGGUGCCCAGCUCUCAGCAUGUGCCGGGGCUUAGCCGCGCUCCCCAUCACUUGCCUGGAAAGAGCCAAGGACCUGAAGACGCGUUUAGGGAUCCUGCUUCAUAAACCAGAGCUGGGACACAGGAUCGGGACCUCCAGCAAGCUGCAGCUGGGCUCCAGGCGGAGAGACUCCUCACAAGAGGUACUCGAAUGGAGGGAAUCCUUCGACCAGCUCCUGAAGAGUAAAAGCGGGGUGACGGCCUUCCACACCUUUCUGAAGACAGAGUUCAGUGAGGAGAACCUCGACUUCUGGCUGGCGUGCGAGGACUUCAAAAAGACCCGGUCGAAAACCAAGCUGGCCUCCAAGGCCAACAGGAUCUUCGAGGAGUUUGUCCAAACUGAGGCACCCAGGGAGGUGAAUAUCGACCACGAAACCAGGGAGAUCACCCGCAAGAACCUCUCGGGUGCCACCUCCGCUUGCUUCAACGAAGCCCAGGCCAAGACCCGCACUUUGAUGGAGAAGGACUCCUACCCCCGGUUCCUGAAGUCCGCCUCCUACCAGGACAUGACCAAACAGGCCACCAGCCGUGGCAUCAGCAAGCGGUCGCAUACCUGACCCAAGCCCGAAUUCACCACGGGAGGACAAGCCAGGGGAUCAGGCAGAAGUUGAGGGACGGUUUGCGAGGGCUGAGGUCCGCACAGUGGGGUUUCGGCUGAAGUCCUGGCAUUUUAGCAGGAUCCCCAGGACCUCAAGCGCUUCCCGCUUCCCACCGAGCUGCUGGGAAGAGAGGUCCUCCCUCCCUGGAGGAGCGGAGCGGGUGGGAACCGGAUGCCUCCCCUUGCAGCACGGCCGGAGACCUGCACCACCACAGGGACAGAAAGAAAUCAGAUUUGAGUUGCAAGCCCAGGAAAAAGAGACCGGAUUCCCCUGAGCAUCCGUAACCGGAGAGCUCCCACCUGCUCUCAGGACCCUGCCUCUGACCUGCAGCAUCAGCCGCCGGCUGCAGAGCCAGCACAGGAGCCUGCAAUUCCCGCAGUGCCCGGGGCAACCGCCCCAGACCUGCCCGCAGGGCUCUUCCUAUGAGGGAAGGGCCAGAAUAAAAGUCUGAAGACUACGUGGCACUUUCAGCUGGAGGGACCCUGCGCCUGCCUUCUCCUCAUCCUGAGAUCCUUCUUCUGCCGUUUCCUACGCAUGCUCUGCAUCAAAGCUUUACACCUUCUUCCAGUACAGCGUAUCCCUAGCAGUGACGUUUUUAUCCCUCGCUUAAGCUACGUGACCUUUAGAUUGCACAUAAUCGUAGGUCACAUGCGUAAUGUUUUAUUACUGUUAUUGUUAUUUAUUUUAUCAUUAUUAUAAUAUAUAUAUUUAUUAGAAGAGCACUGCUGAAAGCGUACACACGUCCCUUGCUCCGAGGAGCUUGUAAAUUAAAUUAUUUUAGAUAUUGUAGCACUUAGCAUGCCUCCCACCUUUUCUGUAUAAUAACUUGAGAGAGAUGACCAGACAGAUCUGUAACAUGACCAUGGAGCAAGGUAGGUGAAUAGCAGCAGUGAGAGCUGCAGUCCGGCAGGGCUGCUAGAGGGGUCUAAGGCGGCAGGUUUCCCGUGAGCUCGGAGGACCGUUGAUGGCAGUAAAAGGAUGCUUUGCAGUCCGUGCUGUUUCUUUUCUCCCCUUAAAGAUGUGGACAGCGUCUCGGCAUGUAGAGUAGCAGCUUGUCCUAGACAGACAAUAGCGAUGUAAAACAGGCUCUUUGGUGAGUGAUCCUAUUGAAAACUUAUAUUUUACACAUGGGAGAGAAAACCUGGGGCUUUCCCCUGGCUUAAAAUUGGGCUUGGUGUUCCCUUGGCCGGUGAAACCAGUCUGCAGCCACAGCACUUUACCAGAAACCCGGGGAGCCGAGCAAAACAGCGAUGUGUGCCGUGAAUUCAGCAUCUUGGGGGGCGGCAGGACAUUUCAUCAGCUCAGAUCUGUGGGGUGAGCUCUUCAGAAAGCCCCUCUGAGCAGGGAUUUCUGGGUCCCACAGCCACCCCAGAAAGCUAUGGAUCCCGUUUGGCAGCAACGGUGCCAGCAGCCGCGUGGGUGGGUGAUGGGGAGCCCACGGGUGUCCUGUGCUGGGUCAUGGGGAACGUGCCACCAGCAUCGUUUCCUACUGAGACAGCCUGGGGCUGCCACAUGUGCCUCCGUUUAUCCCUGAAGACCAGUCCUUGAGGUCCUUAUCCCGCUGGUACUCACUCCUUGCCAAGGGAACCAUCUUUUGCCCUCCCGAGCGUUAGCUGGAGCACAGGAUCGCUCAGGCUUUUCGUGGCUGUUUGAGCAGAGCAAGGGACCGAGGACCAGUUUGGGGAUGUUAUUCUGAGUUCUCUUCCACCUUCCCCAUCCCGGUUCUACCUCUGAGCAUCGGUGGGUCCUGGCUGCGUUUACAGGGAGAUUUUAGCUGCUUUCUUAUUUAUUAUUUAUUUUUACAACUGGAACCACCUUCGUUGUGUUACUGAAGUGAAUGACGCACAAUGUUCCUUUUUCAUUGCUAACGUAAUAUUAUCAUUAUAAAAUAAAAUGUAAAGAGGAAAAUACUGUGACAACAUGGGUUUUUUUG